AUGGGGUGUAAGGGUCCGUGUGCCAGUUACCCGGGGCUGCGUGGGGGCUCUCUGAGGCGGUGCCAGUCCCACUCCUUCUCUGUCUCUGUUGCUUGUCCCAGUGCUGAAAGGAGACUGAAUAGUGGAGUUAGGCUGUUAUUUUCUUUUUGCUUUCCACAGGCUUUGGGGAACCAUGAGUUUGAUGAAGGUGUGAGUGGAUUAUUGGAUCCUCUUCUUAAAAAUGCUAAUUUCACAAUCCUGAGUGCAAACAUCAAAGGGAAAACCCCAUUAGGAAUUGAAAUGAUGAAAUACGUGAAACCUUUUAAAAUAGUGCAUUUUGACUCUGAAGCAGUAGGAAUUGUUGGCUACACUACAAAGGAAACUUCUUUUCUUUCACAGCCAGGAGAUGAUGUAAUCUUUGAAGAUGAAAUUGAAGCAUUGCAAGUAGAAGUGAAUAAACUUACUGCUAUGGGAGUGAACAAAAUAAUUGCCCUAGGACAUUCUGGUUUUACUGUGGACAAAAACAUUGCCCAGAAAGUGAAAGGAGUGGAUGUUGUAAUUGGAGGACAUACAAACACAUUUCUCUAUACAGGCAUCCCACCCUCUACUGAAGAGCCAGCUGGCCCAUAUCCAUUCAUGGUUGACUCAGAUGAUGGAAGGAAGGUGCCAGUUGUACAAGCUUAUGCUUAUGGAAAAUAUCUGGGUUACUUAAAUGUUACAUUUGACAAGAAAGGAAAUGUAGUUGAAGCAGUUGGAAACCCCAUCCUGCUGGACAGCAGUGUUCCUGAAGAUGAACACAUUAAAGAAGAAGUGGAAAAAUGGAGGAAAAACCUGGGGAAUUACUCUACAGAGGUUGGACAAACUAGUGUUUACCUAGAUGGUACAACCAAAACGUGUCGCUUCCAAGAAUGUAACAUGGGGAAUUUCCUUUGUGAUGCUGUGCUUUAUGAGAAUAUUGGACACCCGUAUGACAAGUCAUGGAACCAUGUUUCAAUGUGCAUCCUGAAUGGAGGUGGGAUACGAUCAGCCAUUGAUGAACAGAGCACUAAUGGUAGCAUUACUUUGGAAGAUCUGCUGUCUGUUUUGCCAUUUGGAGGUCGUUUUGAUCUGGUAAGGCUUAAAGGCUCCACCCUGAAAGAAGCUUUCGAGCACAGCGUGCGCAGAUACGGGCAAGGAAGCGGAGAGCUGCUGCAGGUUGGAGGCAUCCAUGUGGUCUAUGACCUCUCCAGAGCCCCAGGAAGCAGAGUUGUUAGUUUAGAAGGGCUUUGCACAGCCUGCCGAGUCCCAGCCUACUUCCCACUCGAGAUGGAUGCAAUAUACAAUGUGACUCUUCCAUCCUACAUGUUAUUUGGAGGAGAUGGCUAUCAUAUGCUGAAAGACAAAAAUCUGGGCUACAAUAAAGGUGAACCUGAUGUUGAGGUUGUUUCCCGUUACCUCCAGAGAAUGAAGAGGAUUUACCCUGCUGUUGAAGGUCGAAUAAAGUUUUCUUCUGGAAGUCUUGUUGAAGGAAGUCUUACCCUGAUUUCUGUAUUGUUCAUUGUAACAUUCUUGUAUACUUGA